AAUAAAGACAGUAAAUAAUAAUCAAAUAAAGCCCAAAAAACACAAACUGUUUAAAAUAGUUUUAAAGAAAUGUUCAAACUAUUUUAAAAUGAAAUAACAAUUUUGGUUUUGUGAUAAUAGGUAUAAAAACAAAACAAAAUUUCACAACCUCUAAAAAACAAAUCCAAAACAUGAAUAAAACAAAUGUGUGUAAAUUAGAAAGUUGGUGACCCUGUUCUUCAUUUUUUAACACGCUUUGUUCUUAUUAAUCGAAGAUUUGAGUCUAAUUAUCUGUCUUAGUCGAAUCAAGUGUGAUGGAUUUGGAUUUGAUUAAUGUAAUAUUCACUUUAUACUCAUUUGAUCCAGAUCAGUUUCAUAUCAUGCCAGUUGUAGCAUACUAUGAAACUGCAUAUUAAUGGAUAUCCAAAAUGAUCAUGGCCAAUUGAUAAGGAGACAAUUAUGUAUCAGAUAAAUAUAAUUCUAUGCUAUAUAUAUUGCGGAUUGUUUAUUACACACGAAUUAUCGCCGGAUCUGCUUGACUUGAGUGAGAGCUCUCUGCUCGGACGAUUAAGACCAACUUCGACUGAAAGAAUAUACUUGAUUCAGAAUCCACAGGAUUUUUUAAUACCCGGUUUGCGUUCAAGUAUGUUAUUUUGGUAAAUUUUUCUUAUUUUAUAUAACAGUCAUCUACAAGCAUCACAAGAAUGAACUCCACAACUCGAAUCAAUGUUUAUGUUUUCUUCAUUCAAUAUUUGGGAUGGGCCAUCAUAUGUGAUUACCCUCAUGCAAUUAAAUCAAGGUAGUCGAAGUUGUUAGCGGAGAGUGCAUCAUUGUUGCUGAUGAUUCUCUUCCGUUUGGCAUUCCAGCAACUAAGAGACGUGUUAAUCUCUCGAGUAUCAGGUGGCCCAAAUUGGGAAGUCCGAGAAGAGACGAAAAACCUGCUCCGUAUGCUCGUGAAGCAAGAGGAUUUUUAAGAACACGAUUAGUUGGCCGUCAAGUAAGACACUUUCUUAUUCGAAAGUUAAUUGGUCAUUACGGGACCAGUCAUGAUGAGAUGACCCACAAACAUUUUAUCCCUUUCUUGACAUUUUAUAUAAAAAUAAAAUGAAGUUAUGCUUACAGAAACAAUAUUUUACAGCUAUGUUGUCAAGAGCGCAAAAAGCGCGCGCCUAGGCGCUCGGGCGCAGCGAGGCGCAGGUUUAGCGCCUGGUGGCAGCCUAGGCGCAAAUAUGGGCUUUUUUGGUAAAAACGGUGGUCAGGCGCGCGCCCGGAUCUAGGCGCAACGAGUAAAAAGCGCGGGCUUUUGUUGUAUCAGGCGCAUUUUUCUUUUUUAUGUUAUUUUUUAAAGUUUUUACAACUGUAAUCUACUUAUUUUUUAACCACUGGAUAAAGACUUCUUAUCCUUUUUAACCCUAAUCCCCUAAUCAGCCACCACAACAACCUCGAUCUUUUCUGAAAAAUUAAAAACCCCCCAAAUGCUCUCUUCUUCUCCAAGAAACUCAAGAAGCCAAGUCGUCUGCAUCAUUUAAUCUGAAUAUGACUUCUGAUGCACCUGAAGCAUCAUCACAAUUAAGAAAAGAUACCGGGUGGAAGUAUAACUUUAAUAAAGACAAAAAUGACCCAAAUUGUGUCACUUGCGUAUUCUGCAACUUCUCUACCAAAGGAGGAAUUUAUCGAGCUAAACAACAUCAAAUUGGAGGUUAUAUGCAAAGUGUCCUACAAAUGUUAGAGAUGAAUUGAAAGCGUACGUGGAAAGUCAAAAGGCAAAGAAGAAUGUUAUAGCUGAUGGUUUCGAUGACUUAGAUUUUGUUGAGGAUGAAGAGGAUAAUGAGGUAAUCGAGAUAUCGAAUGUUCAAAAGAAGAGGAGUGGAAUUAAUAUUGGUGGGGGAAACAAAAAGAUGAAGUCAAACACAAAAGGGUCGAUUGAUAUGCAUGUAACAAGAAGUAGUUUGAGACAAACAAGCAUAAAUGAUGCUUGUGACAAAGAACUCCGAGGAAGAACAAUUCAAACAAUAGCUGCGUUUUUUACCAAGCGGGAAUAACAUUCAAUGUCGCUAAGUUAGAUGCUUUCAAAGAGAUGAUCGCGGCUAUCGGAAACUAUGGGCCAAAUCUCAAGCCGCCUUCUUAUCAUGAGUUGCGAGUUCCACUUCUAAAGAACGAGGUAGAUAAUGUGGAAAAGUGAAUCGAAGAGCAAAAAGGUGGAGUGGUCAAAAACCGGGUGUUCGAUUAUGUCGGAUGGUUGGACAGAUCGGAGGCGUAGAACAUUGAUCAACUUUUUGGUCAAUAGUUCUAAAGGAGCUGUGUUUAUGGAAUCGACUGAUGCUUCUUCUUAUAUGAAGACAGGGGAAAAGGUGUUUGAGCUACUUGACAAAUUUGUGGAGCAAGUCGGGGAAUCAAAUGUUGUUCAAGUUAUCACCGAUAAUGGAAGCAACUUUAAACAAGCUGGCAACUUAUUGAUGGACAAAAGGAAACACCUGUUUUGGACCCCUUGUGCGGCGCAUUGCUUAGAUCUAAUGCUUGAAGAUGUUGGAAAGAUUCCUAAAGUCAAACAAACCAUUGAAAAAGGAAUUUUUCUUGUUGGUUAUAUUUACAACCAUUGUGGUGUUUUAAACAUGAUGAGAGAGUUCACAAAGAACAAGGAGUUGACAAGAAGUGGAGUUACAAGAUUUGCAACAACAUAUCUUACUUUACAAAGUUUGCAUAAGCAAAAGUCGGCUUUGAGAACCAUGUUUAAUAGUGAUAAAUGGAUGGAAAGUAAAUGGGCAAAACAACCUAAAGGAAGGCGGGCUAAGGAUGUUGUUCAAACAUAUGCUUUUUGGACCAAUGUGACUUUCACUCUUAAAGUUAUGGGUCCUAUUGUACGCGUACUUUGCCUUGUUGACAAUGAGAAAAAACCCGAGAUAGGUUAUCUUUAUGAGGGUAUGGAAAGAGCUAAGAUAACAAUUGCAAAGGCUUUAGGCGAAAAUAACGUUGAUUACCAAGUGGUGUCGGCUAUUAUUGACAAAAGAUGGGAUUGUCAACUCCACCAUCCAUUGCAUGCGGCAGGUUACUACUUUAACCCGAAGUUCUAUUGCUAUAGGCCUGAAAUUGAGAAAGAUCAAGAGGUGACAGAUGGGAUGAUCAAGUGUGUUCAAAGACUUGUUCCUUCAAAGGACAAACAAGACUUAAUCAUGAAAGAGAUGGUGAAGCGAGCACAUUGCACAAUAGCUCCUGCUCAAUGGUGGAGUUUGUAUGGGAAAGAAGUGCCAAAUAUCCAACAAUUAGCUAUGAAAGUGCUUAGUCUAACAUGUUGUUCAUCGGGAUGUGAAAGGAACUGGAGCACAUUUGAGCAAAUCCAUUCCAAGAAAAGGAACCGAUUAGAAUACAAGAAGUUGCAAGAUCUUGUGUUUGUCAAGUACAACAAGACACUCAAGAACCGUCGUGAUAAAGAGGUUGUGUAUGAUCCGAUAUCUUUAGAUAACAUUGAUGAUUGUAAUGAGUGGAUGACUGGAAGGAUGGAAGAAGAACGGGUUUUUGAGGAUGAAGACUUGACAUGGGAAGUUGUAGGAGAUGCGAGUGGGGCUGGAGAGGUAAGGGCAACAAGAUCAUCACAACCAUCAUCUUCAAGAGCUUUAGUGGAUGAAGAUUCUUUAAUAGACGAUCUUGAUGAAUCCGAAGCUGAAUAUGCAAUUGAUGUUGAUGGAAGUUCUGAUGAUCAGUUUGAUGAUGGUCUUGAUGAUUGAUGAUGAACUAUAAGUUUAAAUGUUUUAGACUUAGUGACUGCAAAUGUUUGUAUAAGUCCUAGACUCCUAGUAACUUUUGGUAUAACUUUUGGUUAGUGAUCGCAAACUUUUGUAUAAGUCCUAGACUCCUAGUAACUUUUGGUAUCACUGCAUGUGUAUAAGCCUUAAACUUUUGCUACUAACUAUUAGCC